GUGGAUCUCGUGGGCUAGAUUUGAGGAUCCCUGUUCUAGCCCUUGUAGCUGGUUUUGUUUGUUAUCCUGAAAUCCGUUCUGGACCCUCCUGCUGUGUGCUGAGUACAGACCAUUUAUGGAGAGAAUACUUAAAAACAGGUUUGACUUCUUCACUUCCCCAAGAGCAGGGAGUGAAACUUCAACUGUCUAAUAAACACAAAGAACUCAACAUUCAGGUGGACGUCUCAAACAUGAGUCUCUGUCUACUUGGGUGCGGACAGAAAACUUUAGAGAGAAGAGGCCUGGGCUAAUUGCGUGGAGCUGCUGAGAAGCAUGUUGGGGAACUCAGUAAAUGGGAAUGGCAGAAGGCUGAGCCUUUCUGAGUCUGUUCUACGUAAAGUCAACCAUCUUUGGAAACAAGAUGGCAGAAUCCCGCGAAUAUCUGACCCGUUAGAACGUCCUGGUCUGGUCAAGUUCUUUCCAUCAUCACCUGCUCCGACUCUUCUAAAGAGCAGUAGAAUGGACGAGCAGAGGUGCACUCUUCCACCUCCUCUCAAAACAGAGGAAGAUUACAUUCCAUAUCCCAGCGUCCAUGAGGUAUUGGGUCGUACAGGCCCUUUACCACUCAUUCUGCUGCCCCAGUUUGGGGGUUACUGGAUUGAAGGGACCAAUCAUGAUUUAGGCUCCUCCUCCACAUCAGAGGAACCGCCCCCUUGUCCUGCAUCACAGGUUAAACUGGAGACAAACAGCAUAGCCAAGAUCUACAGGAAACACUUCCUGGGCAAGGAGCACUUUAAUUACUACUCUGUGGACAGCGCUCUGGGCCACCUGGUCUUCUCGGUGAAGUAUGAUGUGAUUGGAGACCAGGAGCACCUUCGACUGUUGCUUAGGUCAAGGUUUAAAACCUACCAUGAUGUGAUACCAAUUUCUUGUCUGACCGAGUUCCCUAAUGUUGUGCAGAUGGCGAAGCUUGUCAGUGAAGAGGUGAAUGUGGACCGAUUUUAUCCAGUCUUAUACCCAAAGGCAUCCAGACUUAUUGUGACCUUUGAUGAGCACGUCAUCAGCAACAACUUCAAGUUUGGAGUCAUCUACCAGAAAUUUGCGCAGACAUCAGAAGAGGAGCUAUUCGGAAACAAUGAGGAAAGUCCAGCUUUUGUUGAGUUUCUGGAGUUCUUAGGAGAGAAGAUUGAACUUCAUGAUUUUAAAGGCUUUCGUGGUGGCCUGGAUGUGGCACAUGGUCAGACUGGAAUUGAGUCAGUCUACCACAACUUCCACAAUAAAGAGAUAAUGUUCCACGUGUCCACUAAGCUGCCAUAUACUGAAGGUGAUUCCCAGCAGCUCCAGAGGAAGAGGCAUAUAGGAAAUGACAUUGUGGCUAUUGUGUUCCAAGAAGAAAAUACACCAUUUGUACCCGAUAUGAUUGCAUCAAAUUUCCUUCACGCUUAUGUAGUGGUUCAAGUGGAGAACGCCUGCACUGAUAACGUCCUCUAUAAGGUAUCUGUGACGGCAAGAGAUGAUGUGCCUUUCUUUGGACCAGCCCUCCCAGACCCAGCUGUCUUUAAAAAGAGUCCAGAGUUUCAUGAGUUCCUCUUGACCAAACUGAUCAAUGCUGAAUAUUCCUGCUAUAAAGCAGAGAAGUUUGCCAAGCUUGAGGAGAGGACACGUUCUGCUCUGCUGGAGACUUUAUAUGAGGAGCUACACAUGAACAGCCAGUCCAUGAUGGGACUGGGAGGAGACGAUGACAAACUGGAGAAUGGAGGAGGAGGAGGCAGUGGCUUCUUUGAAUCUUUCAAGCGAGUAAUCCGCAAUAGAAGUCAGUCUAUGGAUGCCAUGGGCCUCAGUAACAAGAAACCACACACCGUCUCCACCAGCCACAGUGGAAGCUUUACACACAACCCCCCAGACACCCCCAAAACACCCGGCACUUCCUUGAUUAUUCCCGGGAAAAGCCCAACCCGUAAGAAAUCUGGUCCAUUUAGUUCCAGGAGGAGCAGUGCCAUUGGGAUUGAGAACAUACAAGAAGUUCAGGAGAGAAGCAGUCGAGAUGUGUCCCCUAGUCCACAGAGGACAUCUGACGGUGGACACACCACUCAGGACCUCAGAUUAGACAACUCGUCCAGUCAGAGCUCACCUGAGAUGCAGAUCACUAAGAUUGGUUCGGCCCUGUGCUGUCGAGCUCCCUCGAUCCCAGAGUCUCAGGAUCUGUCUCGCUCCUCGUCCAAUGCCAGUAGCUUCACCAGCGUGGUGGAGGAGAACGAGCGGGAACAUGAAGCGACAGAGGACUAUGACACAGGACUGCAGGAGAGUCUGUCUUCAGCCGGUACGCCUCACAAACGAGAUUCGUUUACAUACAGCGGCGUGUGGUUGGAAGAUGGCCCUGGGACUACUAGUCAGAGCAGUUCACACGGUCCCAUUCGACAGCAAUCUGAACCUCGUCCUAAAACAGAGAGACAGCACUCGAACUGCUAGCUGUCCUGAAGGCUGUAGAUGACUUCGUGGAUGUCCAUCAACAGCAUUUUCAUAAGCAGCCCUUUGCAGAGGACGCUCGACGUGCUCACAAGAGUUCCUGUGGAGACAGAUGUGAACUGCUAGUUCCAGCCUGGAGGCGUACAGUCGGGCAAGUGUGCAUCAGAGAAUCAGUGCGCUCUUGUAAGGACUCGACCCCCUUAUCUUCUAUCACGUGGCUGUUGGUCUGUAGGCAAAAUAGCAAACCUGCCUGGCUUGUGUUGAAGGCAGAAGAACAGAGAAGAGCUGCCAGCAGGCGACGAAUCACGCAUGAUUAUGGCGUUAUCAUAGGCUUUCUUUCUUUCUUUUUCUUUCUCUCUUUCUUUCUUUCUGUCCACAGUGGCCCUCAUUGUGUGGGUUUGGGUUUUAUUUGUCAUAUUUAUUUAUUUAUUUAUUAUGUAGAUCUUUUAGUAACGGGGGUGGUAAGCUGUCACAAGCUUUUGGCAUCUUUCAGAAUAACAAAUGAGGUUCAACCUAAACCCAUCAUGCUUACGAUACACAUGAACCCGCAAAGCACUGUAAUACACAUCUAUGUGUGGUUCUGUUUUAUUGCCUUUUGUGUCAUGAUGUAAUGAUGUUGAAAAUGAAUCUAGGUAAAUGUUAAAUGUUGUUCUUCAGUGUAGUUCUCUAUCUUCUGGUGUCGAGCACCCAAGCCAUUUCCAGUCCCGUCCAAUAAAUGAAGCGUGGGCAUUAUAAUUUAUGAUCAAAUGAAUAGAUCAGGUGUGAGAUGCUGUAUACUUUUUAAAUAGUAUUUAUUAAGAUUAUGCUGUUUUACUGAUCAACAUAUUUUGUAUGGCCACAGCUGUUUGUGGUCAGAUUGACACGUGUGUAAACUGUACACUAAUGUAGUAGCCUCAUGUUUGUAGUUUCAUGUUUUAAAGCUAGCAGUGCAGAUUAAAUGUCUCUCAAGUCCGCUGUAUUGAAGUCCUGAAGACCUUUUAGCUUAUAUGACAGGUGAGCAAUAUGAAUGUAAAACUAGUGGAUAUGGAUUAUGGAAAACACUAGGUCAGAAUAUAUCCAUCCGAUGCUUUGUUCAAUAGCAAAUGUUGGGCAUUUUAUCUUGUUUUCAAACACAAAUGUGUGUUUUAUUAAUUACAAACAUUUUUAUAUCAUAUAAUCAAAAUAAUAUUUUAGCUUUUAAACAUAGCACUAUGAUGUUAAUGCUUUCCCAUUCAUCUCUUUUUUUUUUUUUUUUUUAUUGAGCCAUAAAAUUAAUUAUUUUGAGCAACUAUCCUAAGCUAUGACAUUAAAACAUAAAGAAAGUCACUGGCAAAAUAUCAACUCUAAUCAAAUGAAAUAUUUACCAUUUGUUGUCUGCAAAAACAUUUUAGUCACUUUUACAGCUCCUUAAAAUACUAUGGUGUUUUCUGUAUGAUGCGUAUUUUAGAGAAUACUAUGGUAUUACUAUCACAGAAGAAAGAUGACAUUACCACAAUUUCAUGCCCAAAAACAUGAAAAUAACUUGGUACUUUUUUAUUAGACUAAUUUCACAAUUGGCCUCUUGUUUUUUUCUUUUUCUUUUUUAUAUAUAUAAAUGCUGUUUGGAUGCUUUCAGGGGUGAUGCUUAUAAAAAAAAGUUUAUGGAAAAGUGAAAAUAUUUUUGUCUGGCUGAAUCCAUACUUGUGCUGUGUCAGAGCCCUAAGUCUCUGCUGAUUGGUCGAACUGUACAUUGUGUUUGCACAUGCUAGAGACAUUAAGCACAAACUCGUUCCAAACAAACACCGACCGCUUUCUGCAAGUGAUUGUGUUCUCCUUUACAAGUGCUUAUUAUGCUACUUUUAUGAAAUGUUGUUUCACUGUAAAUACAUUUUCUCCUUUUUUUUGUAAUAAAACAAUAAAUUGUUUAAUAAAGAUCA